UUCGCAUUAACAUGUUUCAUUUUACGGUAGCACGCACUACGAGCGUGUCUUGGAACGGGUCAAUAGCGCUCAAUUAAAACUCGUAAUAUUUUGCUAAAAGAAAUCAAGGAACGAAUUGAUAAGGGAAAUAUUCUCGCAGUUUUAAAUAAAUACAAAGGAAACAUUACAUGCCAACUCAUUUGAUUCAUUUGUCAUAUUAAAGUGAUUGCUGUUUUAAAACUUAUCAGUUUCGUCCGCAACGUAAACGGAGACUGUAGUGGGCUUCGCAUAGGCGCCUAAGAUAACUUAGAAAAUGACAAAGGCUAAGAAAUUAAAUACGAAGUUGAAGAAAGAAGGAGACUUUAUCCCUCCCGAUGGGGGCUGGGGAUGGAUGGUCGUCGUGGCUGCGGGAUUUUCUAACCUAUCAGCAUUGCCGAUACUACAACAGUUCGGGCUCCUGUUCCGGGACAAGUUCACCCGUCUCGGCAUCAGCAGUUCGGAGACGACCACUAUAAUCAACAUGAACUCUGCCCUGACCUCUUGCGUCGGUUUAGCAAAUGGUCCAGUAUUCAGAACAUUCACCUACAGACAGGUGUCAUUAGCUGGUGCAAUUAUUGUGUUCAUAUCUCUGAUCCUGACCACCUUUUCUUACAACUUCCUCACCUAUCUUAUAUCGUUCUCAAUAUUGUACGGUGCUGGCUACGGUAUAAGCAGUUCGGCGAAUGCCCUUGCUCUAAACACUUACUGGAAAAACAGAAGAAGGUUGGCAACCGGACUAUCAUGGACCACGACGGGUCUAGGGCCUAUCCUGUGGCCACACAUUAUCACAGCUCUUUUCGCAGCAUUUGGCGAAACGGGAGCUAUUCUUAUCAUAAGUGGAAUUUCCUUACAUGCCAUCGCUGGUGCUUUAUUACUUCAACCAGUAGAAUGGCACGCUAAAAAACCAAACGACAAAGAUGAAGAUCAAGAGAAACUGUUAAAGACCGAAACGAAAGAUGCUCCGGUUGAGAACAAAAAACAAGAGAGUGGAUACUUUAGUCAAGUAUCAAAAUUUAAGAAUUUAAGCGCGUUCUCAAGUCAAUAUCUUUACAAUGAAGAUGAUCCAGUGAAUCCUGGUUAUGAAAUUACAGACCCUGGUGUUCCAAUGAUGUUGCGUGCCAAUGAUGGCUAUUUCAGUCAGUCUAGGCAAUCCAAAAGCAGACUCUCUUCACGAGAAGGCUCGAAUAGAAAUUCACAAAUGAAUUCGCGUUUGGCGUCAAAGAAACCCUCUAUGACGAAUUUAGUAGAAAAUCGUUCACGUAAAUCGUCAACAUUGUACUUAAAUGAAUCUAAGAAAAACUCAGCAGCGAAUUUGGGUGCACUAGCUCAAGAGCGUGAUAAUUAUAAACCAAAACGAAAAACCUCCAUUACUCUGGAGACGCAAAUUCCAGAAUCUGAAAUUGAAGACUGUCCUACACUAAAAGCCCCACAGGAUUUAAAAGCCGAUGAAAAAGCAGUGGUGGAAAAAAUCGAUCCAGCGCAUGCUAAAGUUAUAGCUGACAGAGCUGAAAAACAUUUUGCUGGAAGCAAAAGCAUAAAGUCAUUUAAAAUGGAUGGUCAGUACGGUGAAAAGUAUAACAAAGACAAUCAUAGUAAUGUAUCUCUUAGAAACCAAAAUAAGAGUGAAGAUAAUGAUGAAAAUAAAUAUUUGAAAGAUAAUCACAGCAACCAGUCGUAUCGUACACGACACAGAAGGAAAUCUAAUAACUUUAAUUACGAAAGUGAAGUAUUAAAACAGGCAUCGUUAAAAUUAGAGCAAUAUUUAAAAGAAAGUGAAGACAAGCCGGACAAGAUAAAACUUUUGAUAACACCGGUGGAGGAAAAUGAAAAUGAUGAUGUUUUUGAGGAGAAAAAAGAGGAAGAGGUCGAGGAAGACGAAGAAGAGGAAUUAACGUUUUGUCAAAAAGUUGCAUUGUUUUUCGAUUUGGAUUUAUUGAAAGACUAUACUUUCAUCAACUUGAUGUUGGGCAUUACGCUUGCUAACUUUAAUGAACUAAACUUUUCAAUUUUAACACCAUUUAUUCUGGGUGAUUAUGGGAAAACUAAAUCUGAAGUGGCUCUAUUUAUGUCACUUCUGGCUGGAGUUGACAUUUGUGUGAGAUUCUGCAUACCAUUCGUUGCUGGUAAAAUUGGAUGGGAUAACAACUCAUUCUUCCUUUUCGGAGUUAUGUCCAUGGCUAUGGGAAGAGUAGUCUUAGCAUACUGUCAGAAGUACUACGUAGUUCUUCUAGUGGCAGUAAUGAUCGGCUUCGGCAAGGGUUUACGAACUGUAUUCAUGGCUCUUGUCAUACCCACCCAUGUGCCUCUGCAUAAGCUGCCCGGAGCGACUGGGAUACAACUGAUAACUGCUGGAAUGGUUUACUUAUCUUUAGGACCUGUUGUCGGUUGGAUAAAAGACAACGCGUCAACGGCAGUGACGUUACAUUGCCUCAACAUAUUCACUUGGCUAACAGCCCUAUCGUGGGGACUUGAGAAAUUCAUCACAGCAAGACGACACAAGAAAGUCGAAGAAGACGAUGUUAAAGCUUAAUUAGAAUAAGUGUUUUAUAUUUUAGUAAAUUUUAUCAUAUUUUUUA